UGUAUUCUAACGUCAAAUAAACGCGGCAAUUUUUUUGUUGUUGUGAAUCUAACAGCUUCAUCUCUGGUGUGGUGUCUACCAGUUUAAUAAAUAUUGUGCAAGAUAAAAUAUUGUUAUUGAACUAACAGUGCGUCUUGAAUAAAUAAAUACAAUGGCCGAUGAUGAUCAACGACUUCGCGAUAGCCAACGAGAAUAUCUGGACUUUCUUGAUGAUGAGGAAGACCAAAGCAUUUACAUGUCUCACGUUAAAGACAUGAUUGCCGACAAAGGAAAACGUUUGAUUGUCAAUAUUAAUGAUCUGCGACGGAAAAAUCCCACAAGAGCUGCCGAAUUACUCACCAGCUCUUUCGACGAACAUUUGGCAUUUUGCCGUGCAUUGAAAGAAUACGUUUCGUCGUUGGAGCCCAGCUAUGCCAAGUCCAAUGAAGAUUUCUUUAUUGGAUUCGAAGGCAGUUUUGGUAAACGGCACGUAACACCCAGAUCCUUAAAUGCACGAUUCCUUGGCAAUUUGAUUUGUGUGGAAGGUAUCGUCACAAAGGUGUCAUUGGUGCGUCCGAAGCUCGUUCGCAGUGUCCAUUAUUGCAGUGCAACGCAAAAAGUUAUGGAACGAAAAUACACAGAUCUAACGUCGUACGAAGGAUUCCCGAGUAGCACAGCAUAUCCAACAAAAGACGACGAUGGCAAUUUGUUGGAAACGGAGUACGGAUUGUCUGUUUACAAGGAUCAUCAAACAUUGACCAUUCAAGAAAUGCCAGAAAAGGCACCGGCUGGCCAACUGCCGCGAUCGGUUGAUAUUGUGUGUGAUGAUGAUCUGGUUGACCGAUGUAAGCCCGGAGACAGAGUUCAGAUUGUCGGAAAUUAUCGAUGUUUACCUGGCAAAAUGGGAGGCUACACAACCGGUACAUUUAGAACCAUUGUCAUUGCCAAUAACAUCUCACAAUUGAACAAAGACGCAAACUUGAAUAUUACACGGGAUGAAGUGAAUCUGUGCAAGAAAUUGGCUGGUAAGCCGGGAAUCUUUGAUUUACUGGCCAAAAGCUUGGCUCCGUCCAUUUAUGGUCACGAGUAUGUUAAGAAGGCAAUUCUCUGUUUGUUGCUGGGAGGCAUAGAAAAAGUCUUAAACAACGGAACGAGAUUGAGAGGUGACAUAAACGUGCUCUUAAUUGGCGAUCCAAGUGUUGCCAAGUCGCAGCUUCUUCGUUAUGUGUUAAAUACUGCACCUAGAGCGAUUGCAACAACCGGUCGUGGAUCUAGUGGUGUUGGUUUAACAGCGGCAGUAACAAGCGAUCAAGAAACUGGUGAGCGUCGGCUUGAAGCAGGCGCUAUGGUGUUGGCCGACAGAGGUGUGGUGUGCAUUGACGAAUUCGACAAAAUGAGCGAUCUUGACAGAACAGCCAUCCACGAAGUUAUGGAACAAGGUCGUGUGACCAUUUCCAAGGCAGGAAUUCAUGCCUCAUUGAACGCUCGAUGCUCAGUACUUGCAGCUGCUAAUCCAGUUUACGGAAGAUACGAUCAAUACAAAACGCCAAUGGAGAAUAUUGGUCUUCAGGACUCUUUGCUAUCCCGUUUCGAUUUACUGUUCGUUCUGCUGGAUGUUGCUGACCAAGACCAAGAUGAAAUGAUCUCCGACUUUGUUGUCCGAAUGCAUCGUUAUCGUAAUCCAAAAGAACAGGAUGGCGACGUGCUGCCAAUGGGUGGUAACUUUGCGGAUAAACUAUCUACCUUCAGUGCUGAAGCUGAGAAUGAAAGCAAAGAGACUGCUGUCUACGAAAAAUACGAUCAGCUGCUACAUGGAAACUCUCGCCGGCGUGAUGAUCAAAUAUUGUCGGUUGAAUUCAUGCGAAAAUACAUCCACAUCGCUAAGUGUUUGAAGCCAAAAUUAACAGAUCGAGCAUGCGAGGUUAUUGCCAAUGAAUAUUCCCGCCUGCGUUCACAGGAUCUGGAUAAAUCGGAUAUUGCACGUACUCAACCGGUAACCGCUAGAACUCUGGAAACAUUGAUUCGUCUGGCAACAGCCCAUGCCAAAGCCCGAAUGGGAAAAUCUGUGACACCCGCUGACGCACAGGUUGCCAUCGAACUCGUUCAAUUUGCGUACUUCAAAAAGGUCUUAGAAAAGGAAAAGCGUAAGCGCACUCGAAGUGAAGACGAAAGUGACGACGAAAUGAACGAUACUGAACCAGUGGAAACAAAUGGAACAGAAGAAGAAUCUCAACCGACUGUGUCGACACGAAAACGAACACGUUUGGCAGACAUUACGGAAGAUGAUGAAAAUAAUUUGCUCGAUCCACCAGACAGCGGUGAUUUGACACGACGCGAAACACGAUCGAAGCCAUCGACAUCGACAGCUACCACUGGCACGGUACAAUCUUCAGAGGACAUGUUUACGGACACUGAACCUGAGCCGGUGGUAUUGAGUGGCGAAAGAUUGGUCACGUUCCGUCGUAAAGUGCAAGUCACAUUCCAAGAAUCUAGACAACAAACAAUAUCCGUGGCAAAUCUAACGGAAAAAAUAAAUCAUGAGAACGAGGAACCUUUUUCAGCCGCAGAAAUUGACUCGGCUUUGCUGCAAAUGACCGAUGCGAAUCAAGUGAUGGUGUCGGACGGCGUAGUUUUUCUGAUUUAGUUCUCUAGUAAGUUAAGUUAUUCCAAACUGUUUAAGUUCAAGUUUCAUUUUAUCUCGAUUUUACCGUACCAGUCUGUUAUUUUGAGUGAUUGUAAUAAAGCGUUUCACAAAUUUAAAAA